AUGGACCCAUCACCAGGUGCAGAAUAUGAGCAAUAUCUUUUCCGUAUCAAUGCAUAUGGUGCUGCGGCAAAACCAGCAACAAUAACACGGACUUUUCCGUUGGCAAAAUUCCAAAUGCAUAAACCAUCGGUAGUGAUUCUUGGCGUUUUUUGUUUAAACUAUGAUACUUCAUUUCCAGUUCUGUAUUCAUCGAGAAAUGGCUUCUCUUGCAACAUGUAUGUAUGA